AUGUCGUCAUCGGACAGAGAUACCUCGGGGAAGGACGGCUUCAACGGUGACGUCGAAAAGCAGUCGCCCCUCGAGAACCAUAGCCCGGCCGACGAGCAUGACAGCCACCAGCGCAGCGGCACCGGUGGCCGGGGCGUGUUCGGGCACAUCCUGUCGGUCAAGGACGGCGAGGUGUACAACCCAAACUCUGAGAAGUCGUCGACAUGGUAUCAGCGGUUGGUCGACGCCGGUUUCGAGGACAACGGCAUCAAGCCCGUUCCACUCGAAGCCCGCACGAACACCCAGUACAGCAACCUCUUCACCAUUUUCUUCACCAGCAUGCUGAGUCUUUUGCCUCUCCCAACUGGUAUCCUCGGCACGCUCACUUUUGGCCUGAGCCUCCGUGACACGUCUCUCAUCAUUCUCUUCUUUGCCAUCUUGACCAUCAUCCCGCCUGCUUUCCUGGGAGUUGGCGGCUCUCAGACUGGCCUACGCCAGCAGAUCCAGGCUCGCUAUUCGUUCGGCUUAUACAUUUCCCUUAUCCCGUUGCUCCUCAAUGCGGCCACUGUGACGGGUUUCACCCUGAUCUCGGCUGUUGUUGGUGGCCAAACCAUCUCCGCGCUGAACCCGGACCAUGUUAGUGUCAAUGUCGGUAUCGUGAUAGUUUGUCUCGUGAGUCUGCUCGUGUCGUUCAUGGGCUAUCGGACCCUGCACUUCAUUGAGCGCUGGACGUGGAUUCCCAACAUCAUCGGUAUUCUCGUUGCUGUUGGUUGCGGUGGCAAAUACCUCCAUCUGCAGUCUGAGACAGAGCCGGCUACGGCCUAUAACGUGCUUUCGUAUGCGGGCAUCAUCGCAGGCUACUUCAUUACCUUCAGUGGCACUGCGUCCGACUAUUCGACAUACCACAACCCGUCUGCUUCAAAGCUGAAAAUCUUCUGCUGUAUGUAUUUUGGUAUUCUGCUGCCGUCAGUCACACUUUUGAUUCUCGGUGCUGCCAUUGGCGGUGCUGUGCCGAAUGUGCCGUCGUGGAAUGCCGCAUACGAGGUGUCCAACGUCGGUGGUGUCAUCUACGAGAUGCUCACGCCGGCCAAGGGUUUCGGCAAGUUCCUCGUGGUUGUUCUUGCCCUCAGCGGUGUCGGGAAUAUUGCCAUCUCGUCGUACUCGGUGUCGCUGAACCUGCAGAUGCUGCUGCCCUUCUUUGCGCGUAUCCACCGCAUCGUCUUUGUUUUCAUCACCCUAGCCAUCAUGAUCCCGUUUGCCAUCAAGGCUGCAGAGAAGUGGGAAGAGAGUCUGACAAACUUCUUGGCCAUCAUCGGUUACUGGGCCGGCUGUUUCGCUGCGGUGUUGAUCGAAGAGCUUGUUGUGUUCCGCAAGAUGGACUACUCGACGUAUGACCAUGCAAUCUGGAACGUGGGCAAAAAGCUGCCGACGGGACUGGCUGCACUUGGAGCGUCGAUUUUGUCGUUUGGUCUCGUUGUUCCAGGCAUGGCCGAGGUCUGGUACACUGGCCCAAUUGCUGAGCACACGGGCGACAUUGGUUUCGAGGUUGCGUUCGCCGUGACCGCUCUCUGCUACCUGCCUCUUCGCUGGCUGGAGAUCCGGUGGCGGGGUCAUUUGUGA